AUGGCGAUCUGCAAAACCCUGCACCACCUUCAACACGACCCCAAAACCCCGCACCACCUUCAACACCCCCCGCCAAAACCCCUUCCACCUCCCCGCACCACCUUCAACCCCCGCCCAAAAACCCUGCACCACCUUCAACACCCCCCCUCAAAACCACUUCCACCUCCCCGCACCACCUUCAACCCCCCACCAAAACCCCGCUCCACCUCCAACCCCCCGCCAAAACCACUUGCACCUCACCGCACCACCUCAACCCCCCCCACAAACCCCUGCCACCUCAACCACCCCCACAAAACCACUUCCACCCUGCCACCUCAACCCCACCCCCCCCCACCAAAACCCCGUCCACCUCCUCCGCCCCCCCCACCAAAACCCCGUCCACCUCCUCCGCCCCCCCCACCAAAACCCCGUCCACCUCCUCCGCCCCCCCCACCAAAACCCCGUCCACCUCCUCCGCCCCCCCCCCACCAAAACCCCGUCCACCUCCUCCGCCCCCCCCCCACCAAAACCCCGUCCACCUCCUCCGCCCCCCCCCACCAAAACCCCGUCCACCUCCGCCCCCCCCACCCACCAAAACCCCGUCCACUUCCACCCCCCCCCCACCAAAAUCCUGUCCACCUCCGCACCCCCCCACCCGCCAAAACACCAUCCACCUCCGGCCCCAAAACCCUGACCACCUCCGCCCCCGCGCCAAAACACCGUCCACCUCCGCCCCCGAAAUCGCACCCGCCCGCCAAAACACCGUCCGCCCCCGCCCGCCAAAACACCGUCCGCCACCGCACCCGCCCGCCAAAACCCCGUCCACCUCCGCACGCGCCCGCCAAAACCCCGCCCGCGCCCGCCAAAACACCGUCCGCCUCCGCCCUCGAAACCGCACCCGCCCGCCAAAACACCGUCCGCCUCCGCCCUCGAAACCGCACCCGCCCGCCAAAACACCGUCCGCCUCCACCCUCCGCCCCCGAAACCGCACCCGCCCGCCAAAACACCGUCCGCCUCCGCCCCCGAAACCGCACCCGCCCACCUCCGAAACCGCACCCGCCCGCCAAAACACCGUCCGCCUCCGCCCCCGAAACCGCACCCGCCCACCUCCGAAACCGCACCCGCCCGCCAAAACACCGUCCACCUCCGGCCCCCGAAACCACCUCAGCCCCCCGCCAAAACACCGUCCGCCUCCGCCCCCGAAACCGCACCCGCCCGCCAAAACACCGUCCGCCUCCGCCCCCGAAACCGCACCCGCCCGCCAAAACACCGUCCGCCUCCGCCCCCGAAACCGCACCCGCCCGCCAAAACACCGUCCGCCUCCGCCCCCGAAACCGCACCCGCCCGCCAAAACACCGUCCGCCUCCGCCCCCGAAACCGCACCCGCCCGCCAGAACACCGUCCGCCUCCGCCCCCGAAACCGCACCCGCCCGCCAAAACACCGUCCGCCUCCGCACCCCGCCCCCGAAACCGCACCCGCCCGCCAAAACACCGUCCGCCUCCGCCCCCGAAACCGCACCCGCCCGCCAAAACACCGUCCCCCUCCGCACCCCGCCCCCGAAACCGCACCCGCCCGCCUCCGCCCCCAAAACCGCACCCGCCCGCCAAAACACCGUCCGCCUCCGCCCCCGAAACCGCACCCGCCCGCCUCCGCCCUCCGCCCCCAAAACCGCACCCGGCCGCCAAAACACCGUCCGCCUCCGCCCUCAAAACCGCACCCGCCCGCCAAAACACCGUCCGCCUCCGCCCUCAAAAUCGCACCCGCCCGCCAAAACACCAGCGGAGGGAUUGCGGUUAACCCGGGUCACCCCUGACACCGGAAAUGGACGCGCUGCUUCCGGUUGUCGCCAGCGGUUUGGCGCAAGGAAAAAAACAGGAAAGAGGUUCUUGAAGAAAAGAAAGAGGAAAAACAAGAAGACAGCAGUUGGUGAACUGACUGUUACAGAGGGAGAAGGAGAGGUGAUUUGCUUUGAAAUUACUGCUCUCAAAGCACUGUAUGAAUGUAAGCCUUUCAGGCAAGAUCGGCACAUGGUGAAUGGAAACUACGACACAAAAGCUGAGGAGUAG